CAAACAAAAAGAGAGAAGAAAUACGAAGAGAAAGAGAGGGUGCAAAACAGAAAAGGGCGAAUAGAACGUCUCUCCCCUUCAUCGCCUCACAUCGUCGUAUCCCAACACGAGCACGCGUGCACGCACGCCUGCGGCAGGCACGCAUGCACGCGCGCGCGUCACCGCCACCGCCACCGCCACCGCCACCGCCACCGCCACCGCCGCCGCCGCCGUCACCGCCGCAUGUUACCACUCGAAGGACCUCCCCGUCGAGGAAGCAAAGAGUUGGCACGGACGGUCGACGGAUGAACGGAACGGAAGGAGCAGAGCGCGGCACGCGUAUACGUCACCCCUGAGAGAGAUUAGGCGAGAAGCUCAAACGCCGGCUCCGGUGGCGUUCCCGAAUCUUGGGUGCUUUAUCUGAUCCUAAGCAAACGGCUGGCGGUCCGGCACGCAGCAUCCCAGCAGCAGGGUCGGCAGCAGGUAUAAUCGUCUCGGGCCAUUUUGUGCUCGGUCGUAUCUCAGUGCGUCUCUCUCUCCCACCACCGAUCGUUCGAUCGCACGCUCUCGAAGGGUGACACCCACCCUUCGAGAAGGGCCCUACGGGAGGGGUGAAAUUUUCGUGGCCGGUUUACGUCGUGUUGUAUUCACAGUCAGCAACAGGAUCCUAAGCGUCACGGUGUUUGCCAGAUCUAACGGGCGCUUUGACAAGAGCCUCGAUAAAGAAAUACUCGAUUUAAACGUAAAAACGGCUGACAGUUCUCCAGUGCGUGAAAGUGUUCGCAGAGAGAAAGGGGGAAAGAAAGGGGGAGAAAGAGAGACAGUUACAUCUCCUCGCUCGAUAACGUUUGGUUAGCUCCGAUACGGUUCGCCGAACGUCGAUUCUACGAGGGUGACGGCCGGGUGAUCAGUGACCGUUAUCGAAAAACCCCCGGAAGGAUCGCGCUUAAAUCCCAGGACGAUCUUAUCAAGCGAUUAGCGUCGGGGUCAUGCACACGACCCCGUGAGUGCGAUUCGAGAGGGAUCCGAGUUUCGCGUCGACGAAAGGAUCGAAGAAGAACGCGAGAGUAUCGCGAGAAGAUGUUCGUUCAGUGAUAGUUGGUGCACGGUGCUAACCUUCCCCGCCCCCCGAUCGGAGAUAAGAAGGAAGUCGUCGAAGAGCGGAUUUGCGCGCGGGACACAUUCUGCGGGUUCACGAGACACGCGAGACACACGCUGGAAGAUGAGGCUCUGGAUGUUUCUGAUCGUGCUCUCGGUGACGGUGCACGCGUCGCUGGAGGAGGUCACCAGGAACAAGAAUCGCGGCAGGGGAUCCACGUGGUGGGGUAUUGCAAAAGCGGGCGAACCCAACAAUUUUUUACCGAUGUCGGCAGGUUCCAUCCACAUGGAACCGGUCUACGCGACCCUGAGAAGAAAGCAGAGGAGGCUCGCUAGAGAAAAUCCAGGAGUGCUGAUGGCAGUGUCGAGGGGUGCGAACCAGGCUAUCGCCGAAUGCCAGCAUCAGUUUCGCAACCGGCGAUGGAAUUGCUCAACGAAAAACUUUCUCAGAGGGAAAAAUCUCUUCGGCAAGAUCGUCGACAGAGGAUGUCGUGAGACAGCUUUCAUCUACGCCAUCACGAGUGCGGCAGUGACUCACAGUAUCGCGAGGGCAUGUAGCGAGGGCAGCAUUCAGUCGUGCUCUUGCGAUUAUACUCACCAAUCACGGGCGUCAUCCGCCGUUCGGGAUUGGGAAUGGGGUGGUUGCUCGGAUAACAUUGGAUACGGUUUCAAAUUCUCUCGCGAAUUCGUCGAUACUGGCGAACGUGGCCGGAAUCUCCGCGAGAAGAUGAAUCUACAUAACAAUGAAGCCGGCAGAGCACACGUAACCUCGGAGAUGCGCCAGGAGUGCAAGUGCCACGGCAUGUCCGGCUCGUGCACGGUGAAGACCUGCUGGAUGCGAUUGCCGAACUUCCGCGUGGUCGGCGACAACCUGAAGGAUCGCUUCGACGGUGCUUCCCGGGUGAUGGUCAGUAAUUCGGACCGCGCGCGCGUCACCAAUAACGCCAUCACCAGCAACUCGGCGAGCAACUCCGUGCACCAGCACCGCGAAGGUCUCGGGCGCCGGCAUCGCUACAACUUCCAGCUGAAGCCGUACAAUCCGGAGCACAAACCGCCGGGGCAGAAGGAUCUGGUCUACGUCGAGCCGUCGCCGCCGUUCUGCGAGAAGAAUCCGAAACUCGGCAUCCUGGGCACCCACGGACGGCAGUGCAACGACUCGAGCAUCGGCGUCGACGGCUGCGACCUGAUGUGCUGCGGCAGGGGCCACAAAACGCAGGAGGUGACGGUAAUCGAGAGGUGCUCCUGCACCUUCCACUGGUGCUGCGAGGUCAAGUGCCAGCUCUGCAGGACGAAGAAGACAGUACACACGUGUCUGUGAGGAGGGAACUCUCGGCCGUGAGAUAUCUUGAAAAUAUCUUGAUAAUCUUCGAGGCAGCCUUCGUGCAGGGUUAAAAACGAUCAAAGUUCGAACUUUCUCUUUGUUUUCGCGAUAACCCCCCUCCCCCUCUCCUCCCCGGUACAACGGUACACAUUGAGGAGUUCGAAGGAUGAGACAGAGACUACUCUUCUUUCUAAGUUCAAAGAUCCCCGGUAGUCUCUUUCGAACGAACGGUCUACGAUCUACUUCUGCGAGAGAUCCUAUCACUGGGUCUUACCGGAUGGGGUCGAAGUCGUCGUGGAGUCCCGCGUGAGUCCGCGGGGCCUCCUCGCCACCAGUAUUACGCGAAACGAACGGAACCACAUAUAAUAUUUAUUACGUCGCGUCGCGCGCGUAUUAAAGACUGAGAUGGUGAGAAGCGUUCGUGCGAUCGUAGAUUUUUAAGGUUUUAAGAUAGGAAAAUUGGAUGGGACGCGUAGAAGAAGUGGUGUAAAUAUCGGUGUAAAGUAUACCAACGUACAACACCGGCCCGCUAUCUCGCCAUUCACCGACGAGGAUCGGACUGAUCUAUCAUCGCGCCCAGAAUAAUGGCUUUGACACCUCAACUGUGACAGUGUCAUAUGGUAGAAAAAAAAAAUAAUUUAAGGCUUUCGCAUCUCUCGUCCGACUGUUAUCCAUUCGGCGAAACUGUCGUCCCCGCCGGUAAUAUUCGAAUUCAAUUCAUUUUACAUCUCUCAUAUGUACAUUAAUCAAAUUGGAUUAGUGCCUGCCUCUCUGCUGUAGGGGGCCAUUGAUCAUGACAAGUAAGCUGAAGAGUAAGCACGAAGAAGCCUUCAAUUAUUUUAUCCUGCUGCAUAUGAGGUCUUCGUUUUUAAGUGAUGUUUAUUGGCUACAACACGAGCGUCGUGGUCUCGUGAGAGCAUUAUUUAUUCUAAUGGUGUCCUUCUUGCACUCUUUAGACACUCGCUUCCUCGGGGAAACGGGCAAUCUCGUAUACAGAUCGCAUACUUGUAUAUAAAUAAAUUAUAGCGAUGUAUUUUGCAACAAUGCGAGCCAAUCGGUGGCCAAUAUAUUUCUCCGUAAGAAACUAUUGUAAAUACAUGCAGAAUUUCACGCGCGCGACGAAACCCCACAUUGGGUGUGGUAAAUUAUUUUUAUAUCUUUUUCACAUAUUCUCCUCUCUCUUUUUCUCUUCUUCCUUUAUCGAGUACCGGGAUAUCGAAGAAUCCCGCGGGUUUAAAAAUACCUUUUGCCAAUGCUGGAGGGAAAAAUUACUCUUCGAAGGAGAAAAUUCCAAUAAGCGAGGUAAUUCCAACGUUGUGCAUAAUAGAUGUAUUAUUAUAAUUAAUUAUUGCUCGUAAUUUAUACAAAUAAACAUAUAAGAAGAUUAAAUAAACGACGAG